CGCCGGUAAACCUUCUACCCAUACGCGCUGGCCGAAGGUUCGACUCAUCUGAAUCAACUUGGAAAUGCCACGGUCGGCGUUUUGGGGAACAGCGCCACUUGGGGCCAGAUCCAGGGCCCCGCAGGGGCCCAACCCUCGUGCCGCUCCGAGCACCGCCAACGCCGAGAACUUCUGCCCGCGAGCGCGCACUGCCUGGGAGACCGAUGCCCCAGGAUACCCAGGAGGCAGAGGAUACGAAUCUCAAAGGGUGUCAGGUCUGGGCGUGGGCGUGUGUACUCCAGCCUCGGGAAAGGUGGUGCCCUACGGCGUGCUGGGCACCCAGCUCCGACGAGACAGGUCGGUGGUGGCGGUGGCCUGCGCUCCAGAUCAGCUGACGGCCGUGCUCGACUCCGCGGGGCACCACGUGGUUAAGGCCGGCGGGCCGAAGGCGGCGGCCGGCGCGGCCAGGGCGACGUACAAGUGGGCGGGCAUCGAUGCCGACGACGCGUACGCCGCAGACGUGGUGGCCGCCGUGCGCCGCGCGGGCACCGCGAAGCACUACAGCUACGCCGGGCGGCAGGUCAUCCACGUCUUCGGGCCCGACCUGCGCGGCCUCGAGGCCGGGCACGCGGCCGAGGCUCAGGAAGGGAAAAAAGCACACAGACAGAAUUCAUCGUCGAUUCCCCCGAAGAUAUGGGAAAGUAGGGGGAGUCGGGGCGAAGACAGGGAUCCAGAAGAUAUGGGAAAAUAUGGGGAAUGCUGUUAUCUGUGUCUAUUUAUUCGUGUGUCCCAGGGCCCCUUCAGAGGCCCUGGAGCAGCUGGCGGGGGCCUACCGCGCCGCGCUGGCCGAGUUCGCCGCCUCGGGGCUGCCUGUGCUGAGGCUGCUGCCGAUCUCGGGGGGCAUUCUGUCCGGGCCGUUCGGCGGCCGCAUGCGGCGGCGCGCCGAGGGGGGGAGGCCUGCUCAGAAGGCCAGGGCGGGACCUAAGCG